GAGCAUCUUGCCUGGGGAGCUCCGGACCUGGGUGCAGCUGCAUCGCCCCGGGAGUGGGGAGGAGGCCGUGGCCCUAGUAGAGGAGCUGCAGAAAGACCUUGAUGGACCAGCACUAAAAGUGAGACAGUGGGAGGGGGGAAGAUCUGGAAUAGAGGGAAGGAGAAAACUGAGGCAGGGCAGGCUGGGCUGGAGGGUGAUCCUGUGAUUUUUAUUAAUAGUACCACACUGGCAACUCUAAUGCUAAUUAAAGUAAGUUCAUGAGCCGUUCCAACCAUAGAAUGUCUUUGCAGAGAAAUGGAUUUACGAUUGGACUCUUUGGGCCCAACUCAGAAUCAGCAGAAAGGCAUUGACUCUGCUUUGCCUGUUCCCCCACUCCGGGUGAUGCUUGCUAAUGCUGACUUUGGUUCAAGAUCCUGAAGAAGAUGAUGUUUGUAGGUGUUGCUAAAUAGAAGCCUAUGUAUUUUUUGUGUAAGUCCGUUUAGAAUGAUGAUAUAAGCUCUGGCACAGGAAGAAUGAAGCUUUCCAGGUCUGGUAAGGCCUCCCUGUGUGGCCCUGUGCCGUCGUUGGGGAUCCUGGGAGCCAAGGGACUGGGUUGAAAACUGAUAAAAAGUUUAUAUCCUUGACAGUUGAAUUGAAAUCCUUAUAUAGCCUCUAGUGUUCCUGUGAGAUCUCUUUCUGUCAAUUUGUAGCCCACUAAAAACCCUUUUUUUAUGAUGAGUUGGAUAUAUGAUAUCUGAUCCGUAGCUUAAACUAGGGAGUGGUACCAAGGAUUGGCUUAUUUGUUUUAAUCAUAAUAAAGAAUUUUAAAGUUAUCUGUUUCAUUAAAAAUCACUAAUCGAUCAUCCUCCUCAUUUGAGAGAUAAGAAAAUUGAGGCAGAGAAAGAUUAAAUGAAUUGCCUGAGGUUGGUCAGACAUGUAGCUGGCAGCAAAGCCGAGUGUCUAGGUUCCCACUCUAGUGUUCCUUCUAUUGGGGCAGGAAGGAACCAGUAAAGGUGUUAAAUAAGUAGAAGAGUUGUGAUUGAACCCAGGUCUGACUCUAAAAUCCAUGCUCUUAAUUACUGCUCGUUACUUCCCAUUCCCUCCUUAACCCACCCCCAGGUCUGGCUUCUGUCCCCACUGUUCUGUUCAGUCUCCUGUGGGAGAGGUCACCAGUGCCAUAAGGGCAUAAUGGCAGCUCCAUUGUUCUCAAGGCAAAGCUUUACUGCUGUUUUGAUGCUCCAUACUCGAGGUUCCAGUUCUUACGCAGGCCCAGGACACUCUGCAGGAGGGGAUGAGCUGUCCAGGAACCACGCUUCCUUCUGCAUGUGCCAACAGCCACAUAUCAGCUGGAGCAUGCCCAAGUCCUCCUCCUGACCCAGUGGUGUUUAACCUCCAGGAUCCUCAGCAUGAUGCUCUAGCCCCCGAAGCUUCUGCCCUUUCCCAGGAAGAGAACCCAAGAAAUCAAUUAAUGGCUCUCAUGCUCCUAACAGCCCAGCCCCAGGAGUUGGUGAUGUUUGAGGAGGUAUCAGUAUGCUUUACUUCAGAGGAAUGGGCCUGUCUGGGCCCAAUUCAGAGGGCCUUGUACUGGGAUGUGAUGCUGGAGAAUUACGGAAACGUGACCUCCCUAGAAUGGGAGACCAUGACUGAGAAUGAGGAGGCGCCGUCAACACCAGGCGUUUCUCAAAGAUCAGAUUCUCAGAAAGGAACAUCAAAAAGACUCCAAGGAAGUGUUCCCAAGGUCCUUGACUUUGAGGAGGAGUGUGCAUGGCAAGUGUUGGCAAGUCAGUGGCGAAAUGAAACAGGGGAAAGGGUAGAUACAAUGAAGAAAGGUUUCCCACAUGAACGAGACAAGAAGAGAAGAACUCCAUCAGAAAAACGAGUCCAGAAGUGGAAAGAAUUUGGAGAAAGCUUGGCUUUAGGGUCAGCUCUUUCUGAAAGUUUAACAGGUGCUGAAGGAAAGAAGUUUUAUAAAUGUGAUAUAUGUUGUAAACAUUUCAAUAAAAUCUCUCAUCUUAUAAACCAUCGGAGAAUCCACACUGGCGAGAAACCUCAUAAAUGUAAGGAGUGUGGGAAAGGCUUUAUUCAGCGCUCAAGCCUCCUAAUGCAUUUACGGAACCAUUCUGGUGAGAAACCUUAUAAAUGUAAUGAAUGUGGGAAAGCCUUUUCUCAAAGUGCUUACCUUCUAAACCAUCAGAGAAUCCACACUGGGGAGAAACCUUACAAAUGUAAGGAGUGUGGAAAGGGCUUCUAUAGGCAUUCUGGCCUUAUUAUACAUCUAAGGCGCCAUUCUGGAGAGAGACCUUAUAAAUGUAAUGAGUGUGGGAAAGUUUUCUCUCAGAAUGCUUACCUCAUUGACCAUCAGAGGCUACACAAGGGGGAAGAACCUUAUAAAUGUAAUAAGUGUCAGAAGGCUUUCAUUCUGAAGAAAAGCCUCAUUCUGCACCAAAGAAUCCACUCUGGGGAAAAACCCUAUAAAUGUGAUGAAUGUGGAAAAACCUUCGCUCAGACCACUUACCUUGUUGACCAUCAGCGACUCCAUAGUGCAGAGAACCCAUACAAGUGUAAAGAAUGUGGAAAAGUUUUCAUUCGGAGUAAAAGCCUCCUCUUACACCAGAGAGUCCACACAGAAAAGAAAACCUUUGGUUGUAAAAAGUGUGGUAAGAUCUUUAGUUCCAAGUCAAACCUCAUUGACCAUAAGAGGAUGCACAGCAGAGAGAAGCCAUAUAAAUGUACUGAGUGUGGGAAGGCCUUCACUCAGAGUGCUUACCUUUUUGACCAUCAGAGGCUCCACAAUGGGGAGAAGCCCUAUGAGUGUAAUGAAUGCGGAAAAGUUUUCAUUUUGAAGAAGAGCCUCAUUUUACAUCAGAGGUUCCACACUGGAGAGAAUCUCUUUGAAUGUAAAGACUGUGGCAAGGUCUUUGGUUCUAACAGAAACCUCAUUGACCAUGAGAGACUCCACAAUGGGGAGAAGCCCUAUGAAUGUCGAGAGUGUGGGAAAACCUUCAUUAUGAGCAAAAGUUUUAUGGUCCACCAGAAACUGCAUACACAAGAGAAAGCCUACAAAUGUGAGGACUGUGGAAAGGCUUUCAGUUACAAUUCAAGCCUGCUUGUACAUCGGAGAAUCCACACCGGGGAAAAGCCCUUUGAAUGCAGUGAGUGUGGAAGAGCUUUCAGUUCUAACAGAAACCUCAUUGAACAUAAGAGAAUCCACAGUGGUGAGAAACCCUAUGAGUGUAAUGAGUGUGGCAAAUGCUUCAUUCUGAAGAAAAGCCUCAUUGGACACCAGAGAAUUCACACAAGGGAAAAAUCUUACAAAUGCAAUGACUGUGGAAAAGUCUUUAGUUAUCGCUCAAACCUUAUAGCCCAUCAGAGAAUCCACACUGGUGAGAAACCCUAUGCAUGUAAUGAGUGUGGGAAAGGAUUUACUUACAAUAGAAACCUUAUUGAACAUCAAAGAAUUCACAGUGGGGAAAAAACCUAUGAAUGUCAUAUAUGUAGAAAAGUCCUUACUUCUAGUAGAAAUCUUAUGGUACAUCAAAGAAUCCAUACUGGGGAGAAACCUUAUAAGUGUAAUGAGUGUGGAAAAGACUUUAGUCAGAAUAAAAACCUUGUCGUACAUCAAAGAAUGCACACUGGGGAAAAACCUUAUGAGUGUGAGAAAUGUAGAAAAUCCUUUACUUCUAAGAGAAAUUUAGUUGGCCACCAGAGAAUCCACACAGGAGAGAAGCCUUAUGGGUGCAAUGAUUGUAGUAAAGUUUUUAGGCAAAGAAAAAACCUUACUGUACAUCAGAAAAUUCAUACAGAUGAAAAACCCUAUGAAUGUGAUGAGUCUGAAAAAGAAUUCUCUCAGACUUCAGACCUUCGUCAUCAACAAAAAAAUCCAUACCGUGGAGGAAUUCUCUUGGCUACAGAAUACCAAUGAGUCCAAGGCAGAGAUUCAGAAAAUCUAAUGGUAUAUAUAUGUAAAAUCAAAUAGAAUCUCUACUCCUUAAGUAACUGCUAGGGGAAUGACAGUAUAUGGUUCCUAUAAGGAAAAAAUUAAUGAUUGACUCUUACAGAAAGUUAUGACCCUUGAAAGGGACCUUGGAGCAAUUAAGGACUCUGAAGAAACUGGAUUUAUGUCUUAUGAGAUGUAAUGUGGCUGUAAAUGAUAGCAAAAAUAUCUUUGUAUUAAAAAGUGGGCAUUGAUUCUGAAAA